AUGGCCGAGCACGUUGAUUACCUACUUGACUUGAAUCCAACAAAAAUUACUUGGAAUUUCAAAGUUUAUGUUAUUAGGAUCUGGGAAGUCCCAAGCAAGUAUAAUGAGAAGGAGGUUGGAAGCAUUCAAAUGAUUCUUCAGGAUAGUAAGGGCGAUAGGAUGCACGCUAAAAUCCCCAGGUCUUUGAUCAGCAAGUGGAAGGGUUCUAUUGUGCAGUUUCAGAAUUACCAAAUGACCCACUUCAUUGUUGUUGCUAAUGAUAUGGACACAAUCAUAACUCCGAGCAAAUGGAUACUUUGCUUCUCUCACAGAACACGAGUCAUCCAUGUGGAGAAUCCAUACUUCCCAUUAGAAGCCUUCUAUUUCAAACCUAUACCAGAUUUACUGAAUGCUGAUAAGGCCAACAGAAUAAACUGCAUUCUACUCGGGAACAUGGUGGACCAGAUUCUUCCACAACUUGAAGAUGGAAGGGUGGAACCCCUUAUAGUUUUGUUUCAAUACUUCAGAGCAAUAAGGUGGAAUGGAAAGACCUCUAUUCAAAGCAACUUUGAUGUGUCUCAAAUGCACUUUGACAACAACUUAAAAGAGAUCAUGGAGUUUCAGAAAAGGGUUGCAAAAUAUUUAAUGCUGCUUAGUGUGUCACCAUCAAGUUCUGUGAGGAUUACUCAAGUGCCUUCACAACAUGCAUGGUCAGGAGCUGAUGAACUUAAUCAAGGGUCUGUUUUUGUAAAGGCAAUCGAAGAAGCACUUGGCUUGGUUCAGGAAGGUCCUUGUUGGAUAUCUGCAACCAUUGUGGCUAUAAAUGCCACGAACAAGGAUUGGUUCUACAAGACAUGUAGGAGGUGCCCAAAAAAAGUAGAAUCAAGUAUUGGUAAUAGAUACGAGUGUAACAAAUGUGGCCAUACUCAUGGUUGUGCAGCUUUGAGGUUCAAGGUGGAGGUCAUGGUAUAUGAUAGCACUGGAAGUAUAAGUUUGCUUCUAUGGGACAGAGAAAUCACUCAGUUGUGUGAUAAGCGAGAAGAACAAGUGAUGGAGGAGGAUGAAAUAGGUGAUGAUGAAUAUCCCCCUAUCCUUGAUAAUAUGAUGGACAAAAGGGUGCUAUUUAAGAUUAAUGUAAAAUCUGCAAACAUUAAUCAUAGAGAUCAAGUCUACACUGUCAUGAAAGUGUGUGAUGAUGAUGAGAUAAUUCAGAAGAAUCUUCCAAAAAAGAUGCAAUCUAAUCAGUCUAUUAGUAUUAUAGAAAUUAACUGCAGCAACUCGGUUGAUAUGUUUGAAAAUAUUAUUCACCUUAAUGUUGAUGCUGAUCCUCAGUUUUCUGAUAUUUUGGAUGAGUGUGUUUCCUCCCUCAAACACAAGACCUCAUCUAAAAGAGCUUCCAGUGGGAUGAAGUAUGGGUUUAAUAGUGCAAUUGAUAAUAAUGAUGAUGGACAAUUUUCAACCAAUAAGUUUAGUAGAAAGUAUAGAAAAGGACAGAAGAUUCAAGUGAUUGAAGGGGAUGAGUGA